AUGUCACUUUCCUCUUGGAGGCAGUUCCCGUUUUUUGACUGUAUUCCUAUUAAAGAUCCUAACUAUGGGCAGGAACGAGGCAAAACACUUUAUUCCGAUCCAACGGUCACAGCAAUAGGCUCAACGGCCGAUUUUUUGGUCAUUGCAAACUCGAAAUCGAUUAUCAAGUUUAUUGACCGCAAGUUCAAGCUCAAGUAUUCAUUUCAAGCUUAUGAUUCUUCUUACACCAUAACCAAUAUUUUUCAUAUAGGAAUUUCAGCAGAUGCUACACCCCGAAUACUGUGUUCAAUUGCGGAGGUUCAGGGCAAGCCCACGAUCCUAAAGCUAUGGAGUAUCAAGAAACUUCUAUCGAUGACAAAAGCAGUCGAUUACGAAGCUGAUUACUUGAGUCAAUGUGUGAUUUCCAACGGUCCUAAUAAUCAUCCUUUAACAUGCUUUUCGUACACAAGCGAUUUCAAAACGUUGGCAUUUGGGUAUGCAAAUGGUACUGUGAUUUUAGUAAGGGGCGAUUUUAUACAUGACAGAGGUUCCAGGCAGAAAGUUGUGUAUCAGAAUGAAGAUCCUGUCACCUCUGUCCAAUUCAAAGAUGAUACUCUGCUCUUUGUAACUACAACAUCGAAAACCUUAACAAUUCGAACAUCGACCCGGAACACAACUGAAUCAGAACAGAUUCUCGAAGGACAGAAAGGUGCCGAUGUAAAUUGCACGGGUAUUAUAUCUGGUGAUUCCGAUAAGACAAAGAGACUGGUCGUGGCUAGGAAAGAAGGUCUCCAGUUUUAUAACAGCAAGGGGAAAACGCACAAUCUUUUGAUCAACAUUUCUAAAAGCAGGUUAUUCGUGUACAACGAGCGUUACAUAUUGUUUGUUACUUCAAGGAGUGAAUCUUUGACUGGAAACAGCGAUGGGAAUGUCGACUCUAUGGAAACUAGCGUUUCGACAAGUGGGCUUUUAAUAGUUGAUAUAAUUGGCAGAUUUAUUGCCUUUAACCAAGCUUUGACAAGCACUGUGGUGAAUAUUUUUGAAAUGUGGGGCAGCCCGUAUCUAUACACCAUGGAUGGAAUGCUUUAUAGGCUACAUGAGAAGACACUUUUGCAAAAGCUUGAUAUUCUCACCAAAAGCGAUCUUUUCCCUAUGGCAAUACAACUGGCUAAGGAUUUCCAAUCGGAAGAUGAUAAGAUCAUGGAAAUCGAACAGCGUUACGCUGACUAUCUCUAUGAGAAACAGGCAGACUACUCUGGCGCCAUUGAUGAAUACAUUAAAUGCAUUGGGUUGGGGAGAACAAGUGAGGUGAUUCGCAAAUAUAAGGAAAACUCGAUGAUCCCACACCUCACGAAAUAUUUAGAGGCGCUGGUCGCUUUUGGAACGUCGAAUCAGGAUCACGUGACUCUUCUUCUCUGUUCGUACUGCAAGUUAAAGCAGGAUAAGAAAAUCAAGGAAUUUGUUGACUCUAUUGAAAUCGACGAAGACCAUGAAGUAAAAACGUUGGAGGGCGAAGCAUCCAAGGAUUUUGAUAAGGAAACAGUGAUAUCGCUUUGUAGAGACAGCGGAUAUUGUAGUAUAGCAUCUUCUAUUGCUCGGAAAUUUAAUAUGGCCUCACUUGUUGUUGAUAUCCAAUUGAAUGAUCUUCAUAAGCCAAAAGCAGCCCUGGCAUACAUGAGAAGUCUACCCGUGGAUGAUCUUCUUCGUGUCCUACUUGAUAAAGUGAAGCAGUUGCUGGAUGAGCUUCCCAAUGAGACAACGCAGCUUCUUAUUGAUGUUUUCACUGGUAGCUAUCAGGCUGAAGCAGCACUUAGCGACCAAAUAUCGACUGCUUCUUCCUCAUUCGAGAAAAGCUCUUCCCAUUCCAAGGCAAGUGGCAGCCUUAAUCACCCUCUUCUUACAUCUUACAAACAGUUUGUGGCAUUUAUGGGUGGAAAUGGCACCUCUUUCAAAGAGGAUACCAGUUCGGCGACAAGUUCAACAGUUGGAACCGCUAUUAUACCCAAAGAUCCGACGUACUUACCACCGCGGCCAAGAAUUAUCUUUAAAUGUUUUGUGAAUCAUCCACAUGAGUUUGUGAUAUUCUUAGAGGCGUGUGUUGAGAGUUACAACAAGUUUGGAGGAAAGGAGAGUGACAAGAAGGAUUUGUUGAUCACGUUGUACGAGAUGUAUUUGUCACUUGCUAGGGAGAAGCCGGAUGGAAAAGCAGAUACUGAUCAUGAGAAUAGUGUGCGGAACUGGGAGGGCAAGGCUGUGUCUCUUUUGAAAAUUAUAAGAGAUGAGAAUAACUGGAAUUUGGAGGACCAGACUUCGCUUCUUCUUCUUUCCAGUGUUGCAGAUUUUAGCGAGGGUGAGACUAUAGUGAGAGAAGCAGCAGAUGAGUCGUCAGAAGGAGUUGCACUCGACAUAUUUAGAUCAGCAGUCAUGAAAGAGGAUUAUGAUCGGUGCUGCGAGAUAAUCGAGAAGUACGGAAGCAAGGAGACGGAUUUGUACCGGUUGGGACUAUCGGUAUUCACGUCAAGUGAGAAGAUAUACAACGAGGUUGGAGAGGAGAGAAUCCAGAAGUUGAUAUACAAAAUUGGAGACGAGAAGCUGAUGUCACCGCUAGAGAUCAUAAAGCAGAUCAGUUUAGGCGGCGGCAAGAGCUUUGUGAAGCUUGGAUUGGUGAAACAGUAUCUUCUAAACUAUAUCCAGAGACAGAAGAUCGAGAUUCAGAACAACCAAAAGUUGGUCGACUCCUAUAGAAGCGACUUGAAGGUAGUUGAAUCAGGGAUAAACGGUUUACUCAAGCAGCCCCAGACGAUCAAUCAGACUAAAUGUUCAGCCUGCGGUCAGCCUUUAACUUUCCCACUUGUCCAUUUCAAGUGUGGUCACUCGUUUCACGAGCACUGUCUAACAUCGUUUGCUGGAUCACAGGCCAGUUUGGUUGCUGGAAAUGAAGGUGAUGAGCUGGUGUGUCCACGAUGCGCCUCACAGUAUGAGAUGAUAGAUAUCUUGAAGAAACGCCGGGAGGAUGUGAGUCAGAAGAAUGAUUUGUUGAAUGCGGCUCUUACAGGCAGCAGUGACAGGUUUAAAGUGAUGCUUGGUUUUAUUGGAAGAGGAGCAUUACAGUCGCCAAAGGUGGUUUACACUAAGCAGGAGGAGGGUAAUGGAGUAGUUGAUGAUAAUGGUGAAGGAUCGGAGAAGGGGAAGAAGUGA